CAGCUGUGUAUCGUUGGAUUGUUUUCUGUUGUGGAACUUUAAGCCGUAUUUGUGUAUUUAUUACUUUACUGUGCUUAAAAAGUAAAGAAAAAGCUAUAAUUUUUAAUAGGUUUCCGUUUUCCUUCAAUAAUCCACAUUUUUUCAACAUGAUCAAGAUUUCUUCAUUUUGUAAAGUGGUAAUCACUUAACAAAACGGAGAAUGGAUCCGUCGAUUGACAAUGAUUGGCUUGGUAUCAAGAAUGACCCCCUCGAAGAAACACAGUGUGUUGGUAAUGUGGCAAGAAGCUGGCAGUGGCGGGAGCAUGGCAUUAAUCCCCCACACAGCCAACCCAACAAAACAGUACUCGAAAACAUUGCUGAAGACAUCUUAGUUCGGAAACAACUUAAAAUUCGAUGUUGUGAUUUGCCAGGUUAUCCAAGAUCAACAUUUUUGAUGGUUUUUAGUCCUGAUGGGACUAAAGUGGCAUCAACUCAUGGUAAUCACAAUGUGUAUGUAUCAGAGCUAGCUAGUGGCAAGCACGUCAGAAUACUGAAGGGACACCCCCGAACACCGUGGUGUAUUGCAUUCCAUCCAUCGCACCCACAAUUGAUUGGAUCUGGCUGCCUCGGAGGUCAAGUGAGGGUGUGGGACAUCUCCAGAGGUGGCAGUGAAGUUUGGAAUGUGCGGAAUGAGACUGUGAUAGCAUCAAUAGCUUUUCAUCCUAGAGAACAGCUAUUGGUGAUAGCAACAUACAAUGAACUUUAUUUCUGGGACUGGAGCCGACCUAAACCAUUCACCAAAGUUUCGACUAAUAAUGUCAAUGAAAAAGUUAGAUAUGUAGCAUUUGAUGCACUCGGCUACAAAUUAAUAACAGGUAUAUCGCUAUGGUCCAACCCUAGUGGGGGAGCGCCAACGGUACUGCAAUCAAAUGGGACAUGGACUGAUACGACAUCGCCUAACAAUGCUAACAACUCUCGCAGAGAUGACUUUGAUGAAGCUCCUGGGAGUAGCAGGUCUCAAGAAAGCUCGGGAUCAGCACAAGAUAUGAUUGUUAAUUCAUACCAAAACUUAGUACAAAGAUAUGAUAGUUUGGUAAGGAAUUACCAAAGACUAUUCAUGGUGAGGCAUCGACUCACCAACACACCACCUCCACCAAAUAUGAUUGAUCGUGGUACUGAUCCUAUGGAAACUGAUGCAUCACCAAGUACAUCAGGCUGGUCACGGUCGACCCGACCGUCAACAUCUGCAGAGCGAUCUGACAACGCUAAUCCAACUCCCGGACCUUCACGUCGGCAAGAUGGCGGCGACAGUGGUGAUGGAGAAGGGAGUAGCAGUCGUUUAUUAAAUCUAGAUGUAUUGACUUUCGACAGUAAUCCCACCAGGAAUGAAGACAGUACUCCAGAAAAUUCCACAUUUGGAUCAAGAGCCUCUCUUUUUCAGCGCUUGAAUGAAUCGGGUCGUUCUUUUAGGACAGUUGAUCAGAAUGAACGUAUAACUAGACUUUUACCUAACCCAUUUUCAUCUACUCUAGGUAGAUCACAAACAAGCAGAACAACGACGACUGAUAAUCCUAGUGAUUCCAAUGCAAAUACACCUACUACGUCCAGGACUAGUAUUUUUACAUCUUCAAGGCGUCCAGAGCUUCUGCGACGACGGCGUAAUUCCUCGCCUUCACAACACAGCCCUCAUUCAAAUAUAAAUAAUGAUGCAUCCCCCUCUAAUAUCGAUUCUCCGUCUAUUUCAACGCCACGUCCAUCAACUUCUCAAUCCAGCAUUCCUGAAAGCAUGCCAUCUACGUCUCGAGGGUCGGCCCGGCCAACAAUGACGAAUUCCUCUACUCAAAUGAGUCCCUCCCCUGUUGAUGCUCAGACUAUAAAUGAGAGCCUCGACUUGAUACGGGACAUAUUGAGAGACUCCGGUACACGAUUAUUAAAUCUAAUCACGAACAUGUCCUUAUCGACGCUGGCUAGCGUGGAACGUAAUAUGCCUCGCCGUACCGGCUCGCGUGCCUACUCUGAUGAAGGGGACAGCACCCGGUCUACUCCUAGGGUAGGGAUGCGACCGGCACGCUUGCGACUUUUGAAUUCAAGCAUGCCUCGAGAUAUUUUUUCGUCCAGUUCAGAUUCCGACAGUGAUCAAUCUCUUGAAGUGAGUAUUUUUAGGACACGAAAUUCAUCGUUUCGUGAAGAUGAAUCACGAGAAAACGAAGAUCAAUCGAACAGCCCAUCUGAUUCACCCGACUUGCGUCUAAGUCCAACCGACCGUAUGGUGAUCGAGUUGACCGCUGAUCUACAAGCCGACGAACUAACUCGCGGUGGUGCUUAUACUAUGGCAAUGGCAAGUGGUAGAUUCCGCGUUCGGUCAAAUAGUGAUGACGACGAGGACGAUCCACAACCAUCGACCAGUGGAACUACUGAGGAGAGAAACGAAGCGUCCACAAGUUCCCGUACUCAAAAUAACUCUACCAAUAGCACUCAAAAUAACUCUACCAAUAGUACUCAAAAUAACAAUAAUUCAGAAAGACCUUCUACAAGUCGUGACACUUUUUGGGUUAGAGGUGGUCAGCUCACGCUCCCUCCGCAUGAAGCAUAUCGCAAAGUAAGGAUCGGGGUUAAUGCUUUGCAAAAACAUACUUUACAGCUUACGAAUAUGUGGUUACGGGGAACUCGCGUAACUAUGAGAGAACUAAGAAACAUGUGGGAAAAUUUGCGUCGGCGGGUUUUGAUGCUUCAUAGAGAGACUGGCAGGAAUGAUAUACCCAGUUAUUAUACCAGAUCUUUGUUGGAGCGUUGUAUGAUGUUGACUGAAAUGGCUGAGAAUGUGUCUCGUACGACAAGGUCGCCUCGUGCUCCUCAAAGAAGUGAAGGAAGUGAAAAUCCCGAGGGAAGUCGUACUGCACCUGCGAGCGAUGAUACUGGCGUUUCUAGUUCUCCAGUGAGGGACUCCAAUCCGCCAACUCCAUAUAGCAUUGGAUCAAGACAGCCUCCAGGAAGGUCCCCGUUAUCCCGUUCGCCUGGUGGCCAUAUUUCACCUUCUAUGAGAAGAAGAUUACGAACCGGCUAUAGGUGGCGACCCGAAGACGAAAUAAGACGACGUUAUAGGAAUCUAACUACAAAUCGCGGAACUCCACGAUAUUCUAACAGGGCGCGUCGUGAUUUUGCGCGUGCGUUAGAAAUAAGCGCUACUCGACACGUCAUUCGCGUGAGAGCUAUGCAAGUACUAUCAGUGAUGUUUAACAUGAUGAUGAUGUGUUUAGAAGAGCGAGGUCUCAGCCAAGUCAUCAUAAACAUGUUAAGGUCACUGAAAAAGGCAUUAGCUCUGACGUGUUUAAUGUUAAUGACGAACAGAAACGUAAGAUCUAACAAUAAUCCGGCAAAUCCUAAUCAACGAGUUGAAUCUCUAAAUGUUGUUCGUAUUGAAAAUGUUGAACAUCCUGGCCCCGUCAAUGUAGACGGACCCGAUGAUCCUUCUUCCCCACGAGUGCCAAAUGAUACUGAAGAAGAUCGUACGCAAAAAGUUGAUAAAAGUACUGAGCACAAACCAGAGGAAAAUAGCCCUCAACCUUCAACUUCAUAUGAAAAUAGAAUGCAAGACGAUACUGAAACGUCGCAGUCCGCUGCCCAGCAUUGGAGCAAUCGUCUUGCUGUUCAAAUCGCCGCUGCCAAUAGAAAUAAUUCUGCAACAGCUAGAAGCAGACGUGAAUUAUAUUUAGAAAGUAGAAGAUUGAAGGCCUUGCACAGGACUAAUCCUACAGCGCAUCCAAUGAUUAAAAAAAGAGCUUUGCCGCCCUCUUCAACUUACAGAAUACCUGCAUUACGUCAUGUACCCACUAAAAUUAAAUCAAAAAAAGUGACAUCAAGAAAUGAACCUGCUAACGAACCAGUUGCAGGCCCUUCUAAUGCGUCUCCCCCAGCUGAAAAUCCGAACGAGGAUGCUCCUAGAUCAGAAGUUUUAAAUGAGUUUGAGCACAGAGUAAACCUUAUCAGAAUUGCUCAUUUACAAGCUAUCAGACUGAGAAAUGCUGCUAGAAAUAGGUUCCGACGACUACAGACUAUUCGAUUGUACACUCCUUCGUCUGUGAGAGACAUGUUCGCUUUGCAGCCAAAUAAUUCUGAUAAUCCGCCAGAAAAUAGGUCUCCGCAAAAUGGGUCUGAAUUUAGCCGGCGGCCUUUCGCUGCAUAUCGGCCUCACAUAUUGACGCCUCGCAGCGGCGAGUCAACCAGCCGGGGCCCAGAGGAGCCGCCGGGUCAGUUCCACACGGUGCUGAACAACGUCGCCAUGCCCUUGAUGCAGGUCAACGACCUGCCGGCGAACCCUGAAGCCCCAAGCGGCCAGCAACAGAGGCUACCGCGUAUUCACGAAUACUUGCAACCCAUCAUUCUGGCUCAGAACGCGAUGCUAGUCGACGACGACGCCGGCGGUCCCGAGGGGGGCGGCGGGCCGGGCGGGCCUGGCGGUACCAAGAACGUGGUGGUUCAGAAGUGCAGGAUCCACAAUGAUGCCAGCAUUGAUAUCUCCAAAGAUGGCAGGCUGCUAGUGGCGCUUCUCCCAGUGCCGCGCCUGAGGCAUACGAAUCAUUGGCUCGGCGUAUACUCGCUGGAGUGGUCGCGACUGGGACAGUGCCUGCACACGGCGGUGUUGGAACAGAGCGCGGUAUCGGUGGCUCUGUCGCCCACCGCGCGGCACCUCGCCGUCGGGCUCGGCUCGCGGCGCUUCUCGUCGGCGCCGCACGCGCGUAACAACGUGUUCGCGCUGCUGUACCGCCUCGACCCACUUGAGAGCUCCAGCCGCACAGGACUCUCCCCGAUCAAGGAGCUGGAGCAGAACUGGGAGCACGGCUUCACGAGCCUCAACUGCCUGCGCUGGGCGCCGCAGCCCGGCCAGGGGCUCGUCUACGCCAACAACACCGGACAACUCAUCAUCAUGAGCUAAGCCCUCAGCCAUGCCACUGCCAUCGCCCUAACCCAACGCCAAAUACAUGACAGGACUCUACAAACAUUUUGACUCAAAAUAUUCAGGAACUACUUUUUGACGGACACAAUCCUAUAUGAAAUUAAGAUACUCAAGAUCGUUCUUCCACGAAGACACGCCCAAUUUUUGGUCGAGGGAAGCGCGGGGUGCGGGGAGUUUGAUUUGAUCCGAGCAAUCCGAGCGUCAUUAUUAUAGUGUGCGUGUGCACUCAUGGAUAAUUUAGCGUGUAACGAUAACAAACAUUAGCGGAAGAAUAGUGGGGGGCGUCUUCGUGGAUGAAACGAUCUAUGCCUUCGCAGAAAUUUUUCAAGAUGGCUUUGUCUUAUACGAUUGAUCUCAGAAAGUUCCAAUUGAUUGGCUUAUCUGAUCGAAGAUUCCGCUUCAGUGGCCAAUUUCGCUAAGUAAAUUUAUUCUGCAUGGUUUAUCUUUCAUGCAAAUAUUAGUAUUGUUGCACAAAUCGCCACUUUGUCAAUAUGAAACUAACUAAACGAGGCUAACUGACUCGCUUUUACUGCGGCCUAACAGAUUUCAUACGUGCAUUCAAGAAAAUGUAAAACAUUUCACAUCGAAUUCACAAUAUUCAUACCCUCUCUAUUCAUAUUUUAUACAUUAUGUAGUACCUACUGACCCAACUUUUUCAACCAGUUUAAUCAUCGUAGCAUUACACAAAUAAAAUAAUCAACUCUAAUAUUUGAACGAAAGUAAUUCUGAACCAACAUUUUAAUCACAAUUUAUGGAAGUUGAAUAUUACAAGGUUUUAUCAAUCUUACAUACUGAUUGUCUGAAUAAUGUGUUAAGAUAUAAUUGUGAUUAAAGUUUUGGAUUAUAGUAGCCUAGUAAUAAACGACUAAUUGUUAGAAUCUACUGGUAGAUAUUUAUUAAUAAAUAUACUAUUAUAAUAUUUAAUAUUAAAUCUCUUCUAUAACUUUUCAUCAGGUCGUGUCGUAGUAAAAGAGAAUAGUAGAACAUCCUUAACAUCUAGCGUCUAGACUUAGCACUCACUAUUUGUGGGUGGUGGCUCGACGCAGCCCAACGUGUGCAGAAUGUGUUGUACUAUUUUUAUUUUACUGUAUCUAUAAAUUGAUGUUAGUCUUGAUUUUUCCUUUUCAUUUGCUCUCAUCACGAAAUCCGUACCCUUGAAUUAUUGGGGUGAACAGCGUAAAUAUUAUUAUUAUGCUUAUUCAAUAGCAGGUGUUUUUUCAAUACGCAGUGACAUAACCUUAAUGGGAUCAUCCAGCUGCUGAGUUUUAAGUGAUAAUUUUUUUGUUCAUAAUCAUAAUUAGAUUUUUUUAAUAAUGUUGUUUACUACCUAUUUACGUAAUUGUUUCAAAGUUAUUAUGGGUAGACUUAUUUAUCUCUGAUAAAUUAUUUAUCAGUAUGUAUGUGUUGAGUUAGUUGCAUCUUAUAUUUUGGAUUCAAGAGAGCAUUUCCUUUGAUAUCUAUAAAUUAACUAUAUUCAUAAAAACUCCUACUUUACACAAUCUAUGUGUAUCUUUUUAUUUUCCGGAUUAGUAGUAUUUAAAUUUUUCUUGACGUAUGAAUAUUAGGUUGUCCUUAAACCUUAAUAAAAUUUAUAAGACCGUACCUAAUCAUAUUAAUUAAAUAAUGCAACUGUAACGUUUAUCUUAUUUUAGACUAGUGAAGUUUUAAAGUGUGGACACACUAUUAACUAUGUAUUUUAUCAAUAAGUCAAAGUUAUACACUUUAUUAGGUGUAACAUUAAUAUUUAGCGUACAAUUACGAAAGCAACGUUCUACGUUAAUUUCAAUGGCAGUGAUGGGAUGGAUUUAUUUAAAUUGAUUUUAUUUUUGAGUUCUUCCAUUAUGUUAUCGCUACACACACCAGUUGGGGAUACUGGUGUAUAUCUGCUAAGUAAAAUUAGGUUACUAUCAUGUUUUCAAAUAUUGUUAAUGCAAUAUCAUAGCCAUAUAAAUGUUCUGCGCUAAAAACUUAUUUAUUUUACUGUAGUUAUUAAAUCAUUGGAUUUCUAGUGUAACUAAGCUAGUGCAAAUAUGUUUAACUCAUAUUUUGUUUAAUAGACUGAUUGAUUCGACCAGGGUAUAAUAAUGGAUAGAUUUAUUUGGACCGUGUGGAACAAUCUGAAGGUUAAAAUAGGUUUUUACAUAUUUGCCUAACUGAUAACAGUCAAUUUAAAUUGAAAUUCUUUAAAAUAAAAGGGAUAAUUUUUGCUUUGAAACGUAAUUUAGCCAAUCUUGCGUUGUAUUUUUGCAAGGAUGGGCAUAAUUUUAUUGACACGAGGUAAAUGCAGGCAUACGCGGGCUACGUAUGAGGCACGGGCUGGGGAGACAUUAAAAAAGACGAGUUUAUUAUAAUAUCUAUUAGGUACCCUUUUUUGGUUUGGUUUAGUUACCCAAACCAAAAGUAAGUCCUAAUAGCAACCUGAGGGUGUUUUUGCCAAUUCACAUGAUUAUAAUAAGGUUUUAUCUGUUUGACUGUAAUAUGAAAACGUAUGCGUUACCCGCAACAUGAUUGUCAACUGACUGUCUCUCGCUAUGAUUUUCUAAUUAAAAUUGUAAUUAUUGAGUAAUCUCAAUGAUGAUAAUUAAUAGUACCCAUUUUAUUUGUUGAUCUGGACUGAAAUACUUUGUUGGACCAUGUCGAAGUCGCCCACGUAUACUAAAUGUAUUUAUUCGUCUCUUAAACCUUCGUAUCGGCUAGUUCGCCCAGUCAAAAUUAUUGAAUGCUAUGUUCGGCUGAUCAUGUAGCUUUCAUGUUUAUAAAACCUACUUAAGUUUUUCGUCUUCUAAAUUGCAAGAAAGGUGUUCCGUCUAAACAUCUCUUUUUAUUUAUUUAUCUACUUCUAUUUGUUUAAAAUGCUUAUUUAUUUAGUAGGUUUGUAAUAUGUGUCUACGUAUAUAACUUGAAGAAUUAAAUACAUAAAAACCAUAUAAAUUGUUGGAGGCCUACAUGGCCAUCACUAUUUAAUAUUUCUUUACUAAGAUUUAAUUAAAGAAACGAAGAUUCUGGAAAUAGAGUUUACAGUUAGUAAUUUUUGUUGAGGACGCGGAUGAAUGAGUGUUGUGCAAAAGCACCUCAAUAUUGGAGAGAAGCUUCGAAGGAGACGUUUCUCCAUGUGCUUAAAAUGUUGUAAAGCGUAACGUAAAAACUGACACGUAUCUACCAAGCGUACCUUUUUGGUAAGGCUGUUUACAAAAUAUUACUACGAUCAAUGCCUGCUAUAAAAAUACGUCUACCUAUAAUAGUACCUAUGUGGAGCUCAGUGCAGGUUUAGUACCUUCAAGUGGAAAUGCAUUUUUAUGAAAUAAAUCAUCAAGAUUUGUUCACGAGUUGAGACUUCACGACAGAACUGAAAACGUAAAACAUUUUUGAUCUUGGACAUUGAGGGUUGUUUACUGUGUCGUCUUUUAUAUUGUGGGCUAAUCACGACGCCUCCAUUUAUGUACCUUAGCAGUGCAAUAUUCAGUUAAAAAGGUUUGUAUUUAAUUCUUCUUGUUUUAGUUUUAUAUGAAAAACUUAAUGUUAAUAUUAACUUAAGCAAUAGCUGCUUGUAGGCAUCCAUAUUCAAAUUUUCAUCAACGCAUAUUAGAUACUAAGGCACAUAAUAUUUUGAUGUCUAACACUUCUUUUUCUCUAUGUAAAUACGAUAUAUAUUAGAGUUUCAAUACUUGGAAUGUAUAUUGAAUAAAAUAAAACUGAAAUAGU